AAUCCGCUUUGGGGGUUCCCGUUCUCCCCCCCAUCGCCGCAUCUGGAGCCCAGCGUGGACAAUUUUCCAUCCUUCCUCAUCCCAUCCCUGCGCUUAUCCCGGAAUUUCCUUUCCUGGCGCUGCCGGGCUGGAUGCGAGCAAUUAAAUCAUAGGGGAAAUUGGAGCCUGGGAAUGCGGGAAGAGCGGAGCGGCCGCGGCCAGGGAUUGGGAUCAGCACUGGACUUCACCCGGCUCAGGGAAAUCUCCUGGGAAAAAUCUCAUCCAGCCCAUCCCAAAUCCAAGGAUGGAGAGGCUUCCUCAGCUCCCUCCUCAUUCCUUGGCUUCCCGAGCUCCAAGAAUGAGCUUAACGCUUCCUUGGAUGAAAAUCUUGGGAAGACCCAACCCACGGCACCAGGAUGGGCUUGGGGACAUGGAAGAAGCUGCUGGGACAUGGAAUUCCUGGAAAAUCCUGGAGCUGGGAUGCAGGGCUGGGAUGGAUUCACUCCAGGGAUGCAGCUCCAGCCCCAAAUCUCCGGCUCCAGGGGUGUCCAGAUGGAUGGGAGAUGGAAAGUGGCUGGGAGAUGGGAACGCUCCAGGUUUGGGAAUGGCUGGGGAAUGGGAAUGCUCCAGGUUUGGGAAUGCCCGGGAGAUGGGAACGCUCCAGGUUUGGGAAUGGCUGGGGAAUGGGAAUGCUCCAGGUUUGGGAAUGCCCGGGAGAUGGGAACGCUCCAGGUUUGGGAAUGGCUGGGGAAUGGGAACGCUCCAGGUUUGGGAAUGCCUGGGAGAUGGGAACGCUCCAGGUUUGGGAAUGACUGGGAUCUGUCAGCACCGGAGCGCUGCAGGGACUGACCGUGACCCACCCAGCCAUCGGAUGUGGUGAUCCCAAUCUUUCCGUUGGACAUGGUGAUCCCAAUCUUUCCAUGACACAGAGUUUUCCCAAUCUUUCCAUGGGACACGGUUGUCCCAGUCUUUCUCUCAGACACAAUCCCAAUCUUUCCACUGGACGUGGUGAUCCCAAUCUUUCGUGGAGUUCCCGUAGCCCCCACGAUCCCAACCCCCAGGGACAGGUGGGACCAUUCCAGGUGCUCCAGGUUUUCCUCAGCGCCAGCAUUCCCUCUGAAAUUACAGAUUGUCGAUCCUCCUUGGCAAAACCUGAUCCUUAGGGAAAACCCCCGGAGCUGCCGCCAUGGCCCAUCCAGGGAUUCCAGUUCCGGGACAUUCCCGUCGCUGCCGGAGCCGCGUGGCCAAAUCCGGCACAUCCCUGGCUCUGCCCACAAUUGCAGAGGAACGGGAAUGCCAUGGAUACAGCACCCGGAGUGUCCUGGAAUAUCCCGGAGCCGCCGCAGCCGCCAAUUACCGGGAGCAGCGUUUGGAUUCCAGAGUGGAUAAUUUAUGGAGAAGUCAGGGCCGGGCGUUCAUCCCUUUGGAUGAAAGCUCCUCUGGAAUAACCAUACCUGGCGCCGGGAGCGCACGGACAACCCGAAUCCCGGCACUGAAAGGGAGAAGAUUCCAUUUCCAACUGCCGGCAGCGGGAACAAACAGCUCCGUCUGCUGCCGCUUCCCUCCGCCGCCGGCAUCUGCUUCCCAUUAUCCCUGGAAAAGAUCCCGCUUUUCGCAGGGAGGGGAAUUCGGAGCCACUUUUACUCAUUCCGAGUAUGAAGUGAAUGUGGAGCACAUUCCGGCGGGAGAAGGGAUCGGGAUGAGGCAGCUCCUCCCGGUGGGAAAGCACUUCCAAAGGCUCGGGGGAGGGAGCUGGGAGCUGAAAUUCCCAUCUCCAAGUGCUGCUGCCCUCGGCUUCCAAUCCCCAGGUGACCACCGGGAUUGGGAAUCCCUGGGAAUGGAAUCUGUGGAUCAGGGGGAGAAGCUUUUCCCAGUGGAAAAUCACUUCCAAAGGCCCAGGAGAUGGAAGUGGGAGCUGAAAUUCCCAUCUCCAGGUGGUGUCUUGGCUUCCAAUCCCCAGGAGACCACCAGGAUUUGGGAUGCCUGGGAAGUGGGGAUUUGGGGGAAAAGCUCUUCCCAAUGGGAAAAUGCUUCCAAAGGCUUGGGAGAGAGAGAGAUGGGAACUGAAACUCCCAUCUCCGAGGCUUCCAAUCCCCAGGUGAGCACCAGGAUUGGGGAUCCCUGGGAAUGGGACGUGGAUGAAGCGUGGAUUCCAUCAGACGGGAAAAGCUUGGGAGAGGAUGAGGGGGAAGGGAGCAAGGCAAGAGAGCCAGGGAAGAGACCAGGCUGGCUGAGGCUUGGAACAGCCUGGAAUGGUGGGAAUUGUCCCUGCCCAUGGAAUGGGAUGGGUUUAAGGUCCCUUCCCACCAAAGCAUUCCAGGAUUCCGUAAGUUUUGGUGCCUAUCCCAGCUUCCUUCCUUUCUGCCCAUCCGGAUUUAUUGUGAAGUGGGAAAGCUGAGGGAUGGCGGAGGAGGAGCCUGUGGGAUCCUGGGAAAGCCAGGCAGGAGAGCUUUAAAUGAGGGAUAAACGGGAAAAUCCAAGGUGGUUACAGCAUUCCCAUGGGAUGCAGGUGGGCCGAGGUGGGAAUCUCCCCGUGGGGGUGGCUCUGCUCCAUCGCCAUUCCCCAAAUCCAACAUUUUCCCAGAAUUCUCCCAACAUCCUCCACGGACUCGGAGUUAUGGCGAUGCCUGGAUUUCUCCUGCCGAAUUCCUCUCUCUUUCCAGUGCUGAUGGAUAAAGCUCAAGGAAUUGAGGGAAAAGUGGGAUGGAUUUUGGGAUAAAACCCUGCGGCAACAUCCGGGGUUACAGGGGAUGUUCCCAACCCAAGCGUUUGGAUCCCAUGGGCUCCCUGAGCUGUGGGAGCUUCCAGGAAAUUCCCAGAGUUUUCCCAUCCCAUCAUUAAUCUCCCAUAGGGAGCGGCGGCCAGUGGAACGGGAAUGAGGGCAGGAAUCCGGCAGGAAUCCCACCUGAGCCUCUGGAAUUGCACUGGAAGCUCUUUCCCCAUCCCUCCUUGGCCUGGCUCCGGGAUGGAUCUAGAAUUCCAUGGAAACAGAGCCUGGAUUUACGGCUGCCCCAUUCCCGUCUGCCGGGGGAAAGCAGAGUUUGGAAACUGCGGGAUCCGGUGGCAGCUCGGAAAACAGCGGGAGUCGGGCACGGAAAAGGGCUCCUGGCAGGAAUCCCAGGCUGCGGGAAGCCAGCCCAGGGAAUUGAAGGAGCGUUUUCCAUGCCUGGACUCUGAUGUUUGAUGGAUGAGCUCGGACUUGGCUCCAACGGGAAUUUUAAAGGGGAAUCCGACACCUCUGGCCUGGCUGCUCCUUCUCCCCUCGCUCCAGGAGCAUUCCCAAAUUUCCGUGGGGUGACGGAGCAGGGACAGAGGCACCAGGUGGCCUCCGUGUCUCCCUGCGAGCCAAGGAUUCCCACGAUUCCCAGGAGUGGGAGCAGGGAUUGGAAAGGGCGUUGGAGGAGCAGCUGGUGGGAGACCCCCAGAGCUCCUCAUCCCUGCCAGUAUUCCCAAAAUUUGGACCCCCUGUCUGCCAGGAGCCGUCCCAGAAUUCUAGGGGCAGAUCCCAAGAUCCAUCCCAGAAUUUUGGGAGUUGAUCCCAGAACUCGCUGAAGAUUUGGGGGGGGUCUGAAUUUGGGAUCCAUCCCAGAAUUUUGGGAGGAUAAUCCCAGGAUCCAUCCCCGAAUUUUGGGAGCAGAUCCCAGAACUCAUCCCAGAAUUUUGGGCCAGAUCCCAAGAUCCAUCUCAGAAUUUCAAGAGCAGAUCCCAAGAUCCAUCCCAACAUUUUGGGAAGCAGAACCCAGGAUCCAUCCCAGGGGUUCCCCCGGGCCCCUCCUCCCUUCCCGCUCUCCCCUAUCCCUUUCCCAGGAAUCUUUCGGGAUCAUCCCCGUUUUUGGGGCCCCUUUGGAGCUGCAGCUGUGGCUGCAUAUGCAAAUGAGCUCAUUAAGCUGCCAGUGCUAAUUAGGAGCCGUUAAUUAAAGGGGUCGGAGGUGGGCCCAGGUGCUCCAGGGAUUUGGGGCAUCCCACAGAUCCUCCGGAGCAGGAAUUUAGCCUGGAAAAGCUCCAAAUUUUUCUACAUCUGGGGAAAGUCAAUCCAGGCUGAUCCGUGGAGAAUUCCAGGUGGGAUUCUGGGGAGGUUUGUCCUGCUGGUGGCACCUGUGGUGUCACGUGAGGGAGUGAAUUCCAUGGAAAACUCAUCCCGAAAUUCCUCCUGUUCAAUGAGUUUUCCUUUAGGAGCUGCCAGUGUGGGAGAGGCUGGAAUUCUGCUUCCAGCUUUUUUUUUGGACCAGUUCUCUGGAGCUCUGAACUCAGCAGAGCCACUGGAUCGGGAAUGAGGGAUCCACAUGCUCCGGCUUGGAGCUGCUCCCUGGUAUCCAGAGGGACAAAUCCCAAUCCCAAAUCCAGGACUGGGGUGGGUUUUGGUGUUCCUGAGCAUCCAUCCUUCCCUGGAAAGUUGGAAAAGCCCCCUGGGAGCAGCAUCCAGACCGGGAUAAAAUCCCUGCCCUUCCCCUCGGCUCUUCCUGCGCUGAAAUCUGGGAAUUCGGGAAUUGUUGUCAUUCCUGCCCUGUGUUUACAUUCCUGGUUUCCAGCCUCGCUCUUCCCAAACUCCCGAGGCAGCUGCA